AUGGAUUCUACUCCUCAUUUCGACCCGGCCAUCAUGAUCGGACUGUCUGACGCGUCACAAGCAGCCGGCCAUGACAGCUCAGACAUCUUUGAGUGGUACCCGCAUUAUCAGAACUGCCAGCGUUACUUCCUGGAUCAUGCACAACAUAGCGUUUCCGUCCAGGCACUGUGUGCCUUUUUGAACAUCCGUCUACCCUUCCAACAAGUACCACAUCCCGUUUCUACUUCGUCAAGCGAAUCAUCCACGCCUUCUGCUGGGCAGACGUCGUCCUCGUCCUCUUCAUCAUCUCUUCCGCCCCCGUCUGUCUCGCUCAUCCCUUACAUCCGACGUCUCGUUGCUACUGGAAUGGAUUUCCCCGGGGUCCUCCAUGGUUGCUUUGGCGACGACUGGAGCGCGGGUGUAGGCGCGAUCCAUGAGCAAGAGCGUCGCAAUUACCUGUUCGCGGCAAAGAGCGGCGGCUGGGCUGCCGUGAAAAACGAUUAUGAUAUGCCUCCCUUUGAAACGAUACCCUUUUUACGACCUCUGCAAGGGCCGCUGGAUUCCGAAAUCGAAGCCGCCGAGAGGAGCUGGAGUGAGUGGCUCGCCAUGGAGGAUUGGAUGCUGGGGCCCCGCGCUCCUGAGGCUCUUCGAGAUUCCUCUUCCCAUGUGUCGCGUCCGCGAAGCUCGAGAGGCUAG